CCUCCCCACGCACGGCGACGUCAUCGGUCAGAGGUCGACCAUCCCAGAAGCCUUGGCGCCAGAUUCCCAAGAUGGCCGCCGCGAGCGAGCUCCAUUUCUUCAGAAACCCCGCAGUUACCCGACCGCACGAGAAGUGCGGGCCUUUCAUAAGUUACAUAACGACACGUCCACAUUCACACAGCACGUCCAGAGACAGACAGCCGGGACUCAGGUCGCCGAUACGUUACGAAGCUCGGACGGACGUUUCUCGCAGCUCCACUUUCCACACGUCUCUGCCGACGACGCACACCUUGCGGCCCGAGGUAAGAAGCUCAGUAGCGGUCUCUCGAGGAAAGCACAUGACAAAGUAGUUCGAGAAGUGAACUGGCCUCACGAAUUCGUCUUCUCCGCCAAUACAGCCAUCACUCACGACUCUUUGACGUUAGAUCAACUUGUGGCCGGGGAAAUGGCUAUUAUACUAAGUCCCCAUACAAACCACAUGGAGAGUCAAAACAGGGGUCACAUUCUGAAGGGGCUUAUGCUCGAGGUUCCCACGUAUUCAUUCCUGGGUAUCAAGAACUUUUACAAGAUCUUGUGGAUACACGUGGAGCACGGCUUAGUCACGAUAGACACCACAACCACCUUGUCCGAAGUGCAUAAGUUAAAGGAGGACCAUCUGCGGCGACCUCCUCACACCCAUAACAGCACAGCCGCUAACAUUGUGCAGGCAGAACACGAGUCAGAAACGCCUACGGAGGGAGCCGGAGGCCCCAGAACUACCUGCUGCUACAGGUUCCAGGUUGACGGCUGCCCCUUUUCCACCGACCACACAGCAGCUUCAGGCAUCGUACUCAUGCACGCCUGCAAGUUUUGCACCAGACACAGACCAGGAGUGGACGCCGGACACCCUGCCAAGUUCUGCCCCUUCAACAGGGACAGCGGAAGACAGGGAAGCCACUCGCCAGUGCAGUACAGCCUCUCCUGACUAGGCCCGGUUUUUAGCACUGGACUGACCAACGCCGCUAAGACUGUU